ACUUUACCCGGGGUAACAGCCGGAGCGCUUUACGGCGACGGCGGCGGAGUGGGAGCCUCGGCGCGGUGGAGGCGGCCGCUGCUGUGAAGGAGGCGGCGGCGGCGGCGGCGGAGGAGGAAGAGGAGUGGUGGCAGUGGUGGCGGGGACCUGUGCGGGGAUGGCGGAGGUACCGCCUGGGCCUAGCAGCCUCCUCCCACCACCAGCACCUCCGGUCUCGGCGGCGGCCGAGCCCCGCUGCCCCUUCCCGGCGGGGGCCGCCCCGGCCUGCGGCAACGAGGACGAGGAGGACGACGAGGAGCACGAAGGCGGCGGCCACAGGAGCCGGGCGGGCGGCGAGGCGGCGGCGGCCAAGGGGCUCCAGUGCGUCCGCUGCCCUCAGCUGCCGGCGGAGCAGCAGCAGCAGCAGCAGCAGCUCAACGGAUUGAUCAGCCCCGAAUUGCGGCACCACCGGGCGGCCGCCGACCUCAAGAGCAAGGUUCUGAGUGCAGCCGAGGCAGCCCCGAUCGCGGCCACCCCUGACGGGGCCCCCAGAGCGACUGCAACAAAAGGAGCCGGGGUGCACCCGGGCGAGAGCCCCGUCCACUGCCGCCCGGGCCAUGCGAGAACUGCGCUGCCCAGCCCGGCGGAGGCGGCGGCGGCGGCGGGGAGCGACCCCGCGGCGGCCCGCAAUGGACUGGCCGAGGGCGCUGAGCAGCAGGAGGAGGACGAGCAGGUGCGGCUGCUGUCUUCUUCCCUGACCGUUGGCUGCAGUUUGAGGAGCCCCCCGGGCAGGGAGGUUGAGCCUGGGCAGGAUCGGACGAUACGAUAUGUCCGAUAUGAAUCCGAGCUACAAAUGCCCGAUAUCAUGAGACUGAUCACCAAAGAUCUGUCUGAACCCUACUCCAUUUAUACCUAUAGAUAUUUUAUCCACAACUGGCCACAGCUGUGCUUCUUGGCCAUGGUAGGGGAGGAGUGUGUAGGUGCCAUCGUUUGCAAGUUGGAUAUGCACAAAAAGAUGUUCCGCAGAGGUUAUAUAGCCAUGUUAGCCGUGGAUUCCAAAUACAGGAGAAAUGGCAUUGGUACCAAUUUGGUUAAGAAAGCUAUAUAUGCCAUGGUAGAGGGAGACUGUGAUGAGGUUGUUUUGGAAACAGAAAUAACAAAUAAAUCUGCUUUGAAACUUUAUGAAAACCUUGGGUUUGUUCGAGAUAAGAGGCUGUUCAGAUACUAUUUAAAUGGAGUUGAUGCACUGCGACUUAAAUUAUGGCUGCGUUGAGAAACUGACAUCAAGGAGCAACUUUCCAACUACACAGAAUUGACCCUUGCAUGCAAUGCAAUUUGUACAGAAUUGCUUUGCAGGUGGAUUUAGUAACUUCCAUGCAACUCUUAUUUGUCAGUGUUUCAUUGAGUGUCACACAAUAUUUGUUGCACUUUGGCAUGGCGCAUUUGUUCUGAAUUAAAAGAGAUUGAUUUAAACUUCAAGAGUUUUUUGGUACCAAGAGGAUGUGCCAGUCGAUAGGCAAGAUUUGUUUUGUUCAUUUGCAAAGUGUGCUGACAGUGUUGAUUACACAGUGGUCAUUUUAUCACAGAACCAGUAAGUGGGACAUGGUUUCUGUUUCUUAAAAAAGCCAAUGUAGAGUGUAAAAAUCUUUAAGUAUACUAACAUUUCACACAAGACCUGCCAUAGUUUUCUGAGGGGGUGGGGGAAAAAACUUCAAUUUUAGGUUUUAUUUUUUCACUUAAAUUUUCCAUUCUUGAAUAUUGGUACCUCAGUGAUUAGUGAAUGAAAAAAAUGUAAUGUAGGGUUGGGUGUGUCUCACAAUGAGUAAAGCUAAUUAAAUUGUGUCUGCCAGUGCCUGUGUAGAUAAAAGUAUAUUUGUCUUCAUUUCUAGUUCCUGAGUGCAUGCUAUAUUCCUUUUCUUUAAGGCUUUUGCAAGCAAACCUUUACUUCUAUUUCAGUUCUAAAUUUUAUAAUAAAUUAUUUCAGAUUUUUAUAAUUUGAAAAUUUUUUCACACGUGUGUGACAGUAAUUCACUUUAGAAGUCCCUUCUUUCCCUACAGUAAGAAGUUGAAUCUACUUGGAAAAACCUUGACAGAUGGCUCAAAAGGAGUGAGAAAAAUUGAUGAAGCCAGGAGUUACUGGGUUUUGGAUGCACUUUUUUUUUUUUUAAGAGCAAGGGAAUUUUUGGAAAAGAUAGAAAGGUAAUGUGAACUGAUGUGAUUUUAAUUAAUCAAAGUUAUUGCUUGUCUGUGAAGGGCAGCUUUUACAAAUUAGUUGCAACAUUUCUCUCCUCCCCCACCCCACUACAUUGGAUUUACAUUUACUGCCAUUUCUUUAAAAUGCUUCAUUUUUGGUCCUUGAUACUGGAAAUAAAUUUCCAAUUUGUAACCAUUUAAAACUGAUUUUUUUUUUCUUUUAGCAAAUUCUUAGAAGAACUUCUCAAGAGACAUGAAAUGAAUUCUAUGGGUUUCCUUGGUAGCCAUCACCCUUUUCAUUGGCUACAUUGUACUUUGGCCAGUUAGUGUGAUGUAACAAAUUUUAAAGUUUUUGCUUUCAGGUUAGUCAGGCAAUCUGGGAUGGAUAAUUUAUUUAACUGGAAAGUCUCAGUACCCAUUAAAAAAAUCGUUCUCUAUGAAAAAAGUGUUUUGUAACAGUCUGUGUUAGUGUUUCUUUAAUUUGGAUAUGCUGGGAUUUGGUUUUGAUUUACUUUGUGACUGUAAUUACUGUAUUUUUUUUUUCUGUUUGUUUAAACUCUACCUCCAUUAACAGUUGGUAGAAGCCUCCUUCAGGAAAGUUUGAAUCCCUCCCCACCCCCCGCCCCAGGAAAGCUGCUCCUUGCUCAGUGUAGUGUCUUGAAAGUGAACAUGGUUAACAAGUGCUUUUAAAAUAACAAUCUAAGAUUUAAUAAAAAUUAAAAUUUCCUGUUGGUGGGAUUGUUUAUAGUUCUUACCUUUAAACUUUUUUCUACCCAUUUUAUAUUGCUCUUGAAAGCUUAAUGGGAAGAAAGAAUAUUGGUUUACAUAUAUUAUAAAUAUGGCCAUAUUAUACCUAGCUUUCUAAAUAACCAUUUUGAGUAUCUUUUGGUCAAACUUCAUUUGGGCUACUUGGAUUUAGAGGAAUUCCAAUCAUAGUGUUAAAAGGAGCCAAACUAAAACAGUUCAGUACCUAUGUCAUGAAAUUUAUUUCACCACUUUAUUUUUUACCUAACAACUUUAUAUUUGACUUACUUGUUCAUCUAUAAAGAUUAUUGAACAUGCUUCUGAGAUUGACGGAGACAGUUCUAAGGUUGAUACGUGAUAGGUUUUUUGUUCAUCAUGGUUUGGGCAGGUUGUCAAUAAAGCCAAACUACUGACCCCCUAGACUUGACCUGAGUUUUGCUGAAUUGAUUGGGGGUUUUUGUAAACAUGACCUUAACUAUGUGACUAAAAAUCAAAUGAUUACCGCUGUUCAAAUGAUGUGUAUUGAUUAAUAUUGUCUGCCUUAUGUCUUUAAAUUGGCUAUGCAUUUACUUAGACUAAAAAUUUAACCUCUGGCAUGAUAACCCAGCAGCAAAAUUGUCUCCAUUCCAAUUGAAGCAUCGUCAAGUGUUACUUUUUGAUUUGGGGCUUUUAUUUUUCUUGUGUAAUCAUAAAACAGUUCAUUUAAAAAUUGAUAGUUCACUUGGUUAAAACUGAGCAAAACUGGUGCAAUUUUCUUUUAAUGGGGUGCUGCCUCUUUGUGACCGACUGUACUUUCCACUGACACUGGUUUGGCAGUUGUUACUGCUGAACAUUUUUAUUAUAAUGCUACCAUGAAGCUUUAUAUGUUAGUAUUGAAGAAGCUAACAGGUAUACUACCAUUUUUGAUGUGUGGACUGAUUACACUAGGAUGGAACUACUCUGGAAAAGUCCACAGAAAGAAAGAAAACAAUAGUUGUUGACAAUGAAACCAGCAAAUAAUAAUAAUAAUAAAAAAAGUCCUGUUAAAAUGUUUUUGAUUUUUUUUUUGCCUCUCUCCCCAAAUUACCCUCCCCAUUUGCUUGACAAAUCUAUGUAAAGAAGUUUGUCACAUUUUAAUUUUACCUUGCCCUGUGUUAUAGUAUUGGCUGAUGUGUAUGACUGGAUGUGUAUAUUUAUUAUGGUAUCUAAAAAUCAUGAAGUUCAUCACUUCCCAGAAGCAUAGUUAAAAGCAAAUUGAUAGCACAUCAUAAUUACUUUUCAAUGCACCAUGACAUCACUAAAAUGAGUGCUAUGAUGUUGCAGGGCUUACAGGUUUGUAAAAACAUAACCGUAAAUUUUAUUGACGUCAGAUAUGAGUUGAAUAUAUCAUGUGUAUCUCAAAAUAUUGGAGUGCUGUUUGAUGACUGGAUUUUGCUGCAUAAUUUUUCUUCUGUUGUCCCGUAUCCUUUUGGAAAGAGAGAUUUAAUGGGAUUUGAAAUGUGCAAGCUGUCUAAGAUGCAGUCAAAUAAAGUAUGGUUAAGUUG